CAUUAUUAUUAUAUUACAAAUAAAGUUAGAUUUAAAUAUUCGAAGUUUAUUGUGCCAGUGUUGUUUGAAAAGUUUUUAGGCCCCCCUAGGGAGCAACUAAACAAAUCAUUAAUUCUUGCCUAUGUAUAUUUGCUUUACAAAAAGAUAUUUCAUUGUCAGUCAUACUAUACGAGAUAUGACAAAUCUGAAGUAGCCACAACCGGAAAAUUCACUUAAUCGCGAUGUUUCUGCCAAUCGUCUUGGCACUAAUUUUUCCACAAAAUUUUAAAAUUUAUAUGGCCAUGCUCGUUUUCGGUUUAACUAAACGUUUGCCUACCAGCGGUAGUUGUAUCUCAAAUACACUUAGAACUGGUCGUGUCGCUCGUUAUAUGACACAAGUUACUGGUGAAAAGACCUUUUUCAAUCGGAAACGAGAACUUACUGAGUUUGAAAAAGCAUUUAGUGGUGAUCCGGAGCUUCAUGUCGUUCUAGGUCCUCCUAGUUCUGGGAAAACUUCCCUGAUUCGUGAGGUAACGACUAGAGGCAAUUUCAAACCUCUUUUUCUAGACUGUCGUUUGGGAGAAGUUUGAUUCUCUAUAAUUCUAUUUCCAUGCAAUUCAAAACAUUCUUCGAAAAUCGAAGAAAACUCCUGAGAGAAAUUUUAUCAGAAAUGGAAAUCAAUGCCAAAAUUCCUUAUUUUUUCGAGUUAAACUUUUAAGCUAUUUGAUAAGAAAGAAAGAGAAAUUACUUCUAGUA